AUGCUUGAGUAUCUUAUUUCCGAGAAGGACAUCAGAAUGCUGAAAAGAAUGAGCAUUCGGCAGAAGCUUGUUCAGUUUGUGAAUGCAGCAUAUUCUGUGAUGGGGACAUAUAUGAUAUGGAAGAUGUUUUCGAUUCUUCUGAAUAACGACAGUCCCAUUGUUGUUGUGCUGAGCGAAAGCAUGUCUCCGGGAUUUGAGAAGGGGGAUAUACUGUGGCUUGCCAACAAGGACUUUAGUGUUGGGGAUAUGACUGUUUUUAAGUUUGGAAGGGAGAUUCCAUGUGUUCAUCGGUGUAUCAAGCAGUUUGGAGAAAGAUAUCUAACAAAGGGAGACAACAAUCUUGAUGACGAUGUUUCUCUUUAUCCGAGAGGGAGAAAUUACCUUACGAGGGGAGAGAUCAAGUCCAUUGUUGUUGGAUAUAUCCCGUUUUUCGGAUGGAUCAAUCUCUGGAUCAAUACCAUUCCAGGAGUGAAGUUUGCAAUCCUGGCAGCUGUAGGAAUGUCAGUUUUGUUUACUCGGGAGGAGUGA